AUGAAUCUACCUGCAGGGGGCCCCUCUUCUAGGGGCCCCCCUGCAGGGGGCCCCCAAGGGUUAAUUGUUGCUUCUGCAGCAACAGGAGGACAUACAGAAGGAGAUCCAGCAAUGACGGAGAUGAUUGCUGCAGCAAGAAAAAGAGGAGUUGAUCUUACACCUCAUAGAGCUAGACAAGUUAGAUCCUCAGAUUUUGAGGAUUUUGAUUUAAUAGUAGCAAUGGAUAAAUCCAAUCUUCGUAAUUUAACAAACAUUUGCCCUCCUAAUAAAAGACAUAAAUUAAAACUUUUAUUAAGGGAUUAUGCUCCUUCUUGUGGCAUAGAGGAAGUACCUGAUCCAUACUACGAAGGACGCCACUCGAAUGUUUUUUGUUUAAUUGAGCAAGGGGUAGAUGGUCUUAUAGAGAAGGAGGGAAUAAAGAAUUAA